CAAGGAAGAGGAUGAAAGUGCUGCAAGGGAAGAGAGCUGGCAAGGAGGCAAUAUUGGUGCACAACCUGUGUGAUGGCUCCACCCUUGAAGACACCUUGCAUCACAGAGCUGUCAAGAGCCAGCCUUGCCGUCCAAAGGUGUGUCAGAGCUCUGUUGCGAUGCCCAAGUCGCUGGUGGCGGAGCCCAGCAGAAACCCAACCCCGUCGCAGGACCUUCUUGUGCAGGCUGUCGAGUUCAUCAAUCAAUACUACAACUCUCUGAAAACCCCGAAAACUGAAGAGCACCUUGCUCGAGUGGAGGCUGUCGCCGCGGAGAUAGACGCCACGGGAACCUAUCAGCUCACGGAGGAGGAGCUGGCGUUCGGAGCCAAACACGCCUGGCGGAAUGCAGCACGAUGCAUUGGCAGGAUCCAGUGGGCGAACUUACACGUGUUCGAUGCCCGAAAGUGCCGGACCACCCGGGACAUGUUUCGGUUCCUGUGCGGCCACAUGCGGUUUGCCACGAAUGGGGGAAACCUGAGGUCGGCCAUUACCAUUUUCCCCCAAAGGCUGGAUAGGAAACGUGACUUCCGGGUGUGGAACAGCCAGCUGGUGCGAUACGCUGGGUAUCGGAUGCCGGAUGGGAGCAUCCGGGGGGACCCGGCUAACGUGGAGUUCGCAGAGCUCUGCGCGCAGCUGGGAUGGACACCGAGAUACGGCCGCUUUGAUGUGCUACCACUGGUCCUGCAGGCCAACGGAGGCGAUCCUGAAAUCUUUGAAAUUCCCCCAGAGCUCGUUCUAGAGGUCCCGAUGGAGCAUCCUCAGUACGAGUGGUUCCAGGAACUGCAGCUCAGAUGGUAUGCCCUCCCUGCGGUCUCCAACAUGCUGCUGGAAAUGGGCGGCCUGGAGUUCCCCGGCUGCCCCUUCAACGGCUGGUAUAUGGGAACGGAGAUCGGCGUGAGGGACUUGUGUGACUCCCAGCGCUACAACAUCCUGGAGCAAGUUGGUCGCAGGAUGGGGCUGGAGAUACACAAUCUGUCUUCGCUGUGGAAGGACCAGGCGCUGGUGGCCAUCAACGUCGCGGUAAUCCACAGCUUCCAGAAGCACAACGUGACCAUAACGGACCACCACUCAGCAGCUGAAUCCUUCAUAAGGCACAUGCAGGCUGAGUUUAAGCUUCGGGGAGGUUGUCCAGCAGAUUGGACCUGGCUGGUGCCACCUAUGUCCGGCUCCCUCACACCUGUUUUCCACCAGGAGAUGGUCAACUAUGUCCUCUCCCCAUACUUUUAUUAUCAGCCAGACCCCUGGUUGACCCAUGUUUGGAGAGACAAGAAGCGGAGACCAAGGAAAAGAAAUGUUUCCUUCGGAGGGGUAGCCAGGGCGGCACUGUUCUGCUCCUUGCUGAUGCACCAGGCCAUGACUGCGAGGGUGCGAAGCACAGUGCUAUAUGCCACGGAGACUGGCAAAUCACAGGCUUUGGCCAAAAAACUCAACUCCAUGCUGAAUUGCGCAUUCAGCUCCAGGGUCCUGUGCAUGGAGGACUACAACCCUGGUGACCUGGAGAAGGAGGACUUCCUGGCGGUGGUAACCAGCACCUUCGGCAAUGGAGACGCCCCGGAGAACGGGAAGACUUUCAGGAGGCACCUUUUUGCCUUAAAGCACCUAAGAAACAAAUUCAGGUAUUGCGUGUUUGGGCUGGGCUCGCGUGUGUAUCCACGGUUCUGCGCCUUCGCCCACGAGGUGGAUGCCAAGCUGGAAGACCUUGGUGGCAGGCGUGUGACUCCCACCGGCGAAGGCGAUGAGCUGGACGGGCAAGAAGAGGCUUUCUCUGCCUGGGCAGGAGCUGCCUUCAAGGAGGCUUGCCGGGAGUUUGGAAUCCACAACCUGCUCACGGUCCAGCUCUCGGGGACAGAGCGGCCGACACACACCUGGGACCCCUCUAGGUACAGAGUGCAACCUGAGAGUUUCACGCAGGAUCGCAUCACAGCCCUCUCGAGUAUACACUCCAAAGCAGUUCUCCCUAUGAAGCUAAAGAGGAGGCAGAAUUUGAAUAGCUCAAAGUCAAGUCGUGCCACUAUCCUUGUGGUGCUGGAGAGCGAAGGCGAUGUGGAGGGCGUGCGAUGCCUCCCGGGGGAGCACAUCGGGGUCUUUCCCGGUAACCCGGCACGGCUGGUCACCGGAAUCCUCAAGCACCUCCUAGAUGCGCCCCCAACCAAUCAGAGCCUUCGCUUGGAGUACCACUUUGACUACGGCCUGGAUGGGGAUAAGAGCUGGCAGACGGACAAACAUAUCCCAGCAUGCACUCUGUCCCAAGCACUGACCUACUUCCUGGAUAUUACCGCACCCCCCGUGCAGAGUCUUCUUUACAAACUGUCUCAGCUGGCCGGCCAGGAGGGUCACCGGCAGCAGCUGCUCACAUUAGCUCGGGACUCUAAGCAGUACUGCGCGUGGAAGGAAUUUCACAGACCCACCUUCUUGGAUGUUCUGGAAGAGUUCCCUUCUUUGGCGAUCACGACAACCUUCCUCCUCAGCCAGCUACCCAUGCUGAAGCCCCGGCUCUACUCCAUGAGCUCCUCUCCUGACCUCCAUCCCCGAGAGCUCCACCUCACCGUGGCUGUGGUCAAAUAUCAAACCCAAGACGGACAUGGUCCUCUACACCAUGGGGUCUGCAGCACCUGGAUGAACACCAUCAAGGAGGGAGACAUGGUGCCCUGCUUCAUACACAGGUCCAGUGGCUUCCACCUUCCACCAGAGUCCUCCAUUCCAGCCAUCCUGGUUGGGGCAGGCAGUGGCAUUGCCCCCUUUAGGAGCUUUUGGCAACAACGGCUACAUGACAUGAAAAUCAAAGGGGUGAUGUGUGCCGCCAUGACCCUGGUGUUUGGCUGCCAGAGUUCCAACAAAGACCACCUUUACAGCGAGGAGACCCUGGAGAUGAAGCGGCAGGGAGUGCUGAAGAAUGUUCUUCCAGCAUAUUCUCGCCAGCCUGGGCAACCAAAAGUCUACGUCCAGGAUGUCCUGAGGAAACAGCUGGCAGGUGAGGUGGUGAGAAUCCUGCAUCAAAGCUCGGGGCAUUUGUACGUCUGCGGGAAUGUGGAAAUGGUGCACGAUGUGGCGUGCGCGGUCCAAGAGAUCUUGGGCCGGGAGCUGGAUAUGAGCUCUGCCCAGGCUCGAGAAUACCUGAUCCAGCUCAAGACUGAGAAGAGAUUCCAUGAAGAUAUAUUUGGAGUAACAUUUCAGAAAUAA